GUUCGACAACAGCCUGGCCACCCACAAACACACACUCCUUCGCCUCGCGCCGGCCGUCGUCGCCUCCCUCCACCGAACGAUCCCUCCUCCUCCUCCUCCUCCUCCUCCUCGCAUCCCACCCCACCCCACCUUCUCCUUAAAGCUACCUGCCUACCCGGCGGUUGCCGCCGCCGCAAUCGAUCGACCGGAAGAGAAAGAGCAGCUAGCUAGCUAGCAGAUCGGAGCACGGCAACAAGGCGAUGGGGCGCGGCAAGGUACAGCUGAAGCGGAUAGAGAACAAGAUAAACCGGCAGGUGACCUUCUCCAAGCGCCGGAACGGCCUGCUCAAGAAGGCGCACGAGAUCUCCGUCCUCUGCGAUGCCGAGGUCGCCGUCAUCGUCUUCUCCCCCAAGGGCAAGCUCUACGAGUACGCCACCGACUCCCGCAUGGACAAAAUUCUUGAACGCUAUGAGCGAUAUUCCUAUGCUGAAAAGGCUCUUAUUUCAGCUGAAUCUGAAAGUGAGGGAAAUUGGUGCCACGAAUACAGGAAACUGAAGGCCAAAAUUGAGACCAUACAAAAAUGCCACAAGCACCUGAUGGGAGAGGAUCUAGAGUCUUUGAAUCCCAAAGAGCUCCAGCAACUAGAGCAGCAGCUGGAGAGCUCACUGAAGCACAUCAGAUCAAGGAAGAGCCACCUUAUGGCCGAGUCUAUUUCUGAGCUACAGAAGAAGGAGAGGUCACUGCAGGAGGAGAACAAGGCUCUGCAGAAGGAACUUGCGGAGAGGCAGAAGGCCGUCGCGAGCCGGCAGCAGCAGGUGCAGUGGGACCAGCAGACACAUGCCCAGGCCCAGACAAGCUCAUCAUCGUCCUCCUUCAUGAUGAGGCAGGAUCAGCAGGGAUUGCCGCCUCCACACAACAUCUGCUUCCCGCCGUUGACAAUGGGAGAUAGAGGUGAAGAGCUGGCUGCGGCGGCGCAGCAGCAGCCACUGCCGGGGCAGGCGCAACCGCAGCUCCGCAUCGCAGGUCUGCCACCAUGGAUGCUGAGCCACCUCAAUGCAUAAGGAGAGGGUCGAUGGAUCAUGACGUACGCGUACCAUAUGGUUGCUGUGCCUGCCCCCAUCGAUCGCGAGCAAUGGCACGCUCAUGCAAGUGAUCAUUGCUCCCUGUUGGUUAAACCCUAGCCUAUGUUCAUGGCGUCAGCAACUAAGCUAAACUAUUGUUAUGUUUGCAAGAAAGGGUAAACCCGCUAGCUGUGUAAUCUUGUCCAGCUACCAUGUAUGCUUGUUACUGCCCAGUUACCCUUGAAAUCUAGGGGCGCUUUUGGUGAGAGGGUGCAGUUUACUUUAAACAUGGUUCGUGACUUGCUGUAAAUAGUAGUAUUAAUCGAUUUGGGCAUCUAGUAAGUAAAUUAAGGGUGUGUUUGAUUUGGCUUUUACUCUCUAAAAGUUAAAAGCUAAAUUAAAGAGCUGGAUCUAGAAAAUAGACUUUUCUAAAA